AGUGUGCAUGUCAACAGUUUCCCCUUCCCUGCGUGACGCCUCCGAGCGGCACAGCUGCUAUCUUUAGUACCGCUCUAUUUUCAGACCAUGCCGACAGGACGCAAUGGCCCCACAAACCUUUAUUUACCCCCCCCCCCGCUCACCCCGUCCGCCCCCUGCAGUCCUCUGUAGAAAACGGCUGCGCCACGAGGCCCGAGACGCACGCGCUGCGUUGUCACUCGAGGAGGACGCCAGAACCCGGGUCUAAGAGACCAUGGAAGCGCCCGAGGGCCCGGGACCCAAGCGGGACGGUGACAGGCUUGACUACUCCCCCCUCUCUCCGGAGGACGGAGGUCGGCGGGCGGCGGGCUGGCUGAGGGUGAGGGUGGAGGAGAGCUGGUUCACCGUGCGCCGGGCUUCGCUGGCGAGGUGCAGCAACUACUUCCGCGCCCUCUUCCGCUCCGGGAUGGCGGAAAGUCACCGGGACGAGCUCUACCUGAAGGGAGGGGUGCGAGCCAGGGGUUUCCUCAUCGCCCUCGCCGUCUGCAGGGGGGAGCCCCCCGCAGUCUGCGACCCGGACGAGCUCGUAGAAGCCGUGGAGUGUGCCGCGUUCUUGCAGGUCGCGUGCCUGGUGCGGCAUCUUUGCGACAUCGUCGACUCGGACAACUGCCUGUUGCUGUACCACGCGGCGUCCAUCUACGGGGUGCGCGCGCUCUUUCACAGCGCGGCUCUCUUCCUCCGGGACGCUCUCGACGACUUGAAGGACGCGGCCGAGAGCGCGAUUCCCCAAGAGCUUCUUCGAUACGCCCGAUCGUUGCCUCCCGCUACGUACGUUGCUAUAGGCACACACUCUCCUUCGAUGGAGCUGCUGCAGGACUCCUUCAGGGUCGUUUGCUACCUCGACGAAAAAGAAGGAGACUGGAAGCAUCUGACCAAUCUCCCAACCCUCUGUAGCACCUCCAUGGCGGGGGUGGCGGUGCUUGACAAUCGAUUGUACAUUGUGGGCGGAGUGUACGGUUACGGGAAGGACGCAGUGGACCGCAGCUUUUGCUACAACCCUGACUCGGGAGUUUGGCGUGUUCUCCCAGGGCCUCAGCAGCCGAGAUACGACUUCACCCUGCUGGGCCACGAGGGCCGACUCUACGCCAUCGGCGGCGAGUUCCAAAAAAAGACCAUGGCCACGGCGGAGAGUUACGACGUGGAUACGGGGGAGUGGGCAUUCAUUCGACGCGCGCCGAGGCCUGUGGCGUCUGCGGCGUGCGCCGUGGCGAGGCGGCGGAUCUUCGUUUGCUUCUGGAAACCGCCAGACACCACCGACAUCUACGAAUACACGCCAGCGGAGGACGAGUGGAAACUCGCGACCACCAUGAUCAGGCCUCAGAGCUACGGCCACUGCAUGGUGGCUCACAGGGACAAUUUGUACGUGAUGCGCAACGGGCCCAGUGACGACUUCCUGCGCUGUCGGAUGGACUGCUACAGCAUCACCACAGGCCAGUGGACAGCGAUGCCCGGGACAUACAUCAACAGCAAGGGGGCGCUGUUCUCCGCCGCGGUAAAGGGCGACUCGGCCUUCACGGUGAAGCACAUGCUGACUCUGGAGUACGCCAUCACUGGGGAGGGAUGGAAGCCCCGCCGGCAGAUGAAGGGGUUUCCAAAAAGUGGUUCGCUGUGGACGUGUUUGCUCAGGCUUCCCACGACGGGGCCGGUUACGCCGCAGUUGGACGCGGAAGGGGGGGAAGAAGAAAGGCCUCUGCCGGACAAAUCCGGGGGAUUCGUGGAAGCUCUUCCUCGAAUGUGAUGAUACUGCUAAGAUAGAUGUUGUCGUUUCAUGAGGACGAGAACAACGCGCACCACAACCUGUACAACCGCAGCGUGUGCUUCUGGAAAUGAUCACUGAUAUUUAGGAUUACGCAACACUGAAAGAAUGGAAAAAACGAUACGUUUUUUUAAGAUAGAAUACAAGUCUAAGAAUACAAAAAUGAUAAUACUAACACUGAAAAACUCAAUGCAUUCACUGCAUAAACUCACACACACACACACACGUGCUGACACUACUCAUUUGUUCUGAUUAGCAACAGCUGGAAUUGCAGUUUAUAUAUGGCGAGGCCACUGUGCAUGUGUGUGUGCGUGCAAAGUUCAAAGGCUCUGACGGGAUGUUCUAAAACUCUCGUUCUCUACCAUUUUCCUGAAGUCACACUGGGCCAAUUCAGGAACCACCGGCCUCCCAGUCGACGUAAAACACACCACGGCUCUCUCGCACGCUCUCGGAUACUCACUUUCGCAAGGUUUGCUGGCCCGUGACGGAUUAAAUACCUGUUUCUGUGGGAGAAUACAUUUCACCUCGCCUUGAGGUUGUGACCACUGCUUGUGGGAAAUGUCUUUGGCUUGUACGACCACAGACUGCAUUUUUUUUGUUGUGCAUUAAAAACCGAUGAAAUGA